UUAUUGGUGCACAAGUUGAGAAGAGAAUGUACGUUCAGCGAGCCAUCCAAAUUACGCAUCGGUGGCAGGCAAUGCACUCGCAUGUGGAAUGAUGCAAGCUUUGUUGUCACUGGAAGUACGGAGGUUUUCCACUAGCUAUGCCACCCUCGAUAGCGAGGCAGGAUGUGACGCCCUACUUCUCCAGCCCUUACCCAUCUGCGGGCAUUCGAGUGUAAUACGACCCGAGGCGCGAAUGCUCGAAGCGAUCGGUACACUCUUUUCGUAUGCAUUUGUCAGCAAGCGGACGGAUGGGAUGGCGUACGAAAUGCACCGGCUCGUCCAUCUAGCAAGCUGGUUAUGGCUGCGCGAAAAUGGCCAGUUGGGGGAUACACAGCUGCAGGUCGUCGAGCAUUUGGCGGCGAUAUUUCCAACGGAUGAAUAUCACAAUCGUGCGACGUGGCGAGCAUAUAUGCCACACGCGGCGCGGGUGCGGGAACGGCAAGAGCAUGACGGCUGUGGCGCCGAGGUGAGGAAAACGAGCCAGCUUUACUACAAAGUCGGGCGCUGUCUGCAAAAAGAUGGAAGAACAAAGGAAGCACUGCAGUGGCUAUAUCGCUCGUGCUGCUUCCGGGCGGCGCUCGCGCUGGCCGGGGCAUAUCGCGCGAACGGGCAGACGAAGGAGGCGAUCCAGCUGCUCGAGCAGGUCAGCUUGCGCCUCGCGUACCAUGUCGAUGCUGCGUAGUCGGUGGUAGUGUCGAUUACCGCUCGGUGGAGCUGGCGCAUCUGUUUGGGCCGGAUUCGAGACGAAGGCUGAGCAAUGCUGCCAACACGCGCUUGCGUUCGAGGCUUAGCUCUUGAAAAUUU